CUUGGAGAUUUCUGCUCCGCAAAGUGCCGGCCGCACGGCUAAGUGAGCUCUUCCCUCCCAGUCUUGGAACUGCCACACACACACACACACCCUCCUUGGCUUAUUUGCAAAAGCUUUGGCUCAGCCAAGCUCCGCCCCGCUCCCCUGUUUGUGCAUUAAAGUGACGUGUCCUCUCUUUCCUGAGCACUUUGCCAGAGACCGGGGAAGCCCAAUGGUCCUGCCUGCUGCGCGCCCGUGACUGAUGCCAGCCUAGAGCGGCCGGGGAUGGUGGUGGAGGCUGCGGCGUUGCCAGGUAGGCCCCCAGCUCAUUAUUUUGUGUGUGCCCUGUCAAUCCAUUCAGCCAGGGAGCUGCUCAGAGAGGCCAGUGCCCCAAACCCCGCUCAGACAUGUUGUGCAGGUGUCGGUACGUAUAAAGAAGGGUCUGUGCAAGUGAUGAGCCGCGGCGUUUAUUUUGGAAGCCUCUGGCCACCUCAGCUGCAGGGCACAGACUACUGUGCAUGCACUGAACCGGGGUGAGUAACUGUGCAUGUGUGCAAUGAACCCGCAGAGUUUGUGCCUGGCAUGUAACGGGUAGUCCAGCUGUGGCACACACAAUGAUCCUGAGUGCGACUCAUGCUGCCCCACUGAAUUUGGCAGGAGCCGGUUCCUCUGUGCUAGAUCAUCUUUUCCACUGUAUCCAGGAAUGGACGUUGUGAGUGAGAGAGUUGCUCCAAUUCUGCUUCUCGAGGGACAAAGCUUAGACUCUGGGCAUUCGUUUUAUUUUAAAAUUGGGAACUGCCACUAGAUGCAAGACAGGGAGUUCAAACAUACCAGCGAAUCACAUCGGGUCCCAUGAAAUGGCCCUCUGGUUGGUGCCGGGAGCAUCUUUCCGCGGGAGAUAACCCCUCCGGAGCCUGCCUCCCUGUGCGCCGGCGAUGAAGGCCAAAAGCAAAGGAACGAAACAUCGGCACGUGGUCGCCCAAGACGCUCUCGGCCAAGAACCGACCCAGAACAGCGAAGCAGCUCUGAAAUGCUCGCGGCGCACGGAGAAGAGGAACCCGGAGAGCCGCAAGGCCUCCACGCGGCCUGCCAAGCGCCCCUGGAGCAGCAAGGAGCGGUGCAUGCGCCGGCUGGAGAGCAACGAGCGGGAGCGCCAGCGCAUGCACAAGCUCAACAACGCCUUCCAGGCCUUGAGGGAGGUCAUCCCGCACGUCCGGGCCGAGAACAAGCUCUCCAAGAUCGAGACCCUCACCCUGGCCAAGAACUACAUCAAGUCUCUCACCUCGACGGUCCUCCGCAUGUCCAACGGGCACCUCCCGGUCGUCGAGGGGUCCGGCUCUAGCGGCAGAUCCAAACUGUACGAACAUUACCAGCAGCAGCAGCAGCAGAGCAGAGAGGAGGAACCAGCUGAGCAGCUCCAGAAGUAUUCCACCCAGAUCCACAGCUUCAGGCAAGGCAGCUAAAGUGAGCGUCCGGUCCCCGGUUUUGCAUUUCUGUUUCUGGGGGGCGUGCCAACAUUGCGGAGCACCAGCGUGCGAUUUUUCUCCAGUCCGCUGCCAAAGCUUUUGUGAGGAACACUUGUUUGGAAGGAGCUGUACCUUCUUCUGGUUUGACGCGUGGUAGGUGCUACUGGUUACAUCCAGAACGCUUGCAGAGAUGUCUGCAAGACCUGGACAAUAACAAUGGCUCAGACACAGGGGAAAUGUGGAAAUGUAGUGGGAAGAAGCUGCAAGGAACGGCGUGGUGUAGUAGCGAAGAGUGUGUUGGACUUGGACUGAGAAGACCCGAGUUCAAAUCCAGCCAUGGAACUCACAGGGUGACUCUGGGCCAGUCACUUCUCUUGUAGUCUAACCUACCCCACAAGCUUGUUGUGAGGAUAAAAGUAACUCUGUACACUGUUUGGGGCUCUUUGGAAGAAGGGCAGGAUGGAAAUGCAAAAACAAAUAGCAGCUCGAUGAAAAUGUCAAGCCAGCGUUGGGGGCUGUGAAAUCGGCAAAUUCCACACUGUAGAACUACUAAUAUUAGAAUGCUUUUGUAUAAAUGCCACGGCCUUUUGGACUACUGUGCAGUUCUGGUUGCCGCAUCUCAAAAGCGACAUGAGAGAGCUGGAAAAGGAGGCAGCAGACAUAACUAGGGGGCUGGAGCACCUUCUUUCCAAGGAAAGGCUACAGAGUUUAGGAUUUUAUUAGUUUAGGGAAAAAAAAGGCAACAAAUGGAGAACAUGAUGGAUUUUUUCUGAAAGUAUGCAUGAUGUGGAGGAACAUAGGAAGCUGCCGUAUACUGAGUGAGACCCUUGGUCUAUCUAGCCCAGUAUUGUCUUCACCGACUGGCAGCAGCUUCUCCCAGGUUGCAGGCAGGAAUCUCUCUCAGCCCUGUCUUGGAGAUGCUGCCAAGGAGGGAACUUGGAACCUAGAUGCUCUUCCCAGAGCGGCUUCAUCCCCUGAGGGGAAUCUCUUGCAGUGCUCACACUUCUAGUCUCCCCAUUCAUAUGCAAUCAGGACAGACCCUGCUUAGCUAAGGUUGCAAGUCAUGCUUGCUCCCACCAGACUAGCUCUCCUCCUCGGCAUAAAGCAGCUUCAUAUGUUACAGUAAUGAAUGGAGACAUCCAGGCAUCAACACUGGGCUGUUGUUCAUAUUUAUUGGAUCUGGACCUGUGAUGCCUGGAAGAACGCUUAAUUUAUCUGUGUCCAGCACCUACCACAACUGAGGCUGGAAGGAGCUGUCGUCUUGUUCAAAACUGUAAAUAAUCAUAUGGCUAGUAUUUUGUUGUAGGUGUGUUGAUCUGAAAAUGAAGACAUUGUGUAGUUUAAUCGCGUUGAUUUGCAAUGAGGGUGUGGUUGGUUAAGCUAAUUCUGGGCCAGCUGGGAGCAAUGUGAAAAAUGAAACGAUCACAUAUUGCGAAACAUAAUAAAAAGAUUGAAUGGCA